UUGUCAAUUAUGACAAGCGUAGACGUUGUAAACAGUGUAGGUAGGUACAUUAUUCGUUAAAAUAGUGAGACUCGUUUAAAUUAGGGUACAAAGUUCAACGAGGUAAAAAAGUUUUUUUAGCUGAUUAAGAUUAAAAAGAUAGCGAGCAUAUUUAUAACAGUAAGCAGAUGUGAAUUAUGUCUAUAUUACCCGAGAGUUUACUGUCGACAUUAGCACGCCAAAGUUGUGUAUCCAAAUUAAAAGAUGUACCAUCCUUAGUGCCAAGUCCUGGAGAAUCUAAAGUAAAAGCUGCCGUGCUGCUUCCACUGUUCGUGCAAAAUGGGGAAGUACAUAUUUUAUACACACUGCGGUCAUCUAAUUUGAGUAGUCACAGCGGUCAAGUGUCAUUUCCAGGGGGAAAACUGGACGAAAAUGAAAAAGUAAUUGAUGCCGCUUUGAGAGAAACUUAUGAAGAAAUUGGAGUACCUCCUGAGUCAGUGGACGUGUGGUGUGAAAUGUCACCCUUACAAGGACGUGACAAAACAGUACUCAUAACACCAGUGGUUGCUUUCAUUAAAAACCUAUCUGUAAACAAUUUAACCCCCAACGUUGAUGAAGUAGAUGAAAUAUUUUCAGAGCCUAUGUCUUUUUUCUGUGAUCAAACAAAACAUGCUCAUUUAAAACAUGAAAAUUACAUGCUGCCAGUAUUUUUAGGAAAGCACAAAAUAUGGGGUAUCACUGGACUAAUAACUCAUAUAUUUCUUCAGUGUUUUUUACCAAGUCAAUUGUAUCAAACAGACUUUGGUAGGAAAAGGUACAAAUUGGAAGAACUUUUGCCAUCAAAGCUAUAGAAAUCUAUAUUUUUUAAUUUAUAUUCUGUAUUUUUUACAUUUGUUUUUUUUUUUAUAUUGAUUAUCAAAUGUUAUGCUUUGGAAAUAUUAUUUUUAUUGUAGCGGAAGGUUGAAGGUUGGAAGGAUAGAAUUAAUAUUUAACACCCAAUGAUAAAUCUGUAUUUUUUAUUAUUAAAUAUAAAUAACAUAUUUUCACAUUUUAAGUGCAAUGAGAGAAUAUAUUAUACUAAAUAAUUUUAAUUUUAACAUAUACUUUUACACGGCAAAAGAGUUUAAUCUGAUGUAAGAAAAUGACAAACAAACAAUAAUUUUAAAUUGAUAGAUUCCAUUUCUUUGACUGUGCUUAUAUCUACAUGUUGCUAAGAUAAAUAAAUAACCUGAUAAAAUAACUUUAACUGUAUUAAUAAAAUUUAAUUAAAUAGUAGUCAUUAAACUAGAAAAAAUGUUAAACAUACAAUGGUGAUAGAGAUUAUCAAAAUUUUAUUUUUAGUUUUAUGAAUUACAAUAAAAUAAUGUUAAAAUAUAAUCAUGCUAUGAAUUGUGUUAUUCAAAAACAUUAAAAAAAGUCUAUAUCAUUGAAUACUAUUUUCAAACAUUAAGAGUUAAACAUACUUUCAUGAUAUUGAAGGUUAUAAAGAACUAAAAUUUUAACCUUAAUUAAGAUUACUCAGUAAAAGUGUCGCACAAAUCGUCUUUCAAGACUAAAAGGUCCUUUCCAAAUAAGGCUUUAAAGUAUCUGGAAUGACAGUCAAAUUCGCACUUGUUGUUGAAGUUCAUGUUACUCCGGCCGUCUGACGCACAGAGGGGCAGAUAUAUUUUGGCGCAGGGGCACAUAUUAGCCCACAAUUUGCUAUGUGGUUCUGGCGCACAGAGCGAUGAAGCCACCAAGACCGCCAGAAGAGUAACUAGAAAAAUAAGUAUUUCGUUAAUAAACUUCAGCUAUGUAUUACUGUGUGACUGUAACUGAUAGUAAAUGAAUUUUACAUUUUA